AGUCAGCUGUUACCUAUUUGUUGCGUUUUUUUUUGUAAAUAGUUUGUUUAAUUUCAUUUCCUUUCGCUCAAAAACAUGAACUAAAUUUCAGAGGUCCUUGAACGUUUAAAAUGCUGAGGCUUACCUGCCUGCGACUCAGGGUCAAGUCCGGCUGUACGCGUAAUUUGGCUCAAGACGGGCGGAGCAUGAAGGCUAGAAAACCGGAGACCCACUACCAGGUUCUAAACGUACGGAGCGACUGCAGCACACAAGACAUCCGCACCGCAUUCGUGGAGCUCUCCAAACAGUACCAUCCCGAUGUCAAGACAAACGCCUCAUGCUCUGAGAGAACUGCACGUUUUGUGCGGAUUUCCGAGGCAUAUCGCACACUGAUUAAGCCACAGACACGCCGGGACUAUGACGAUAGUCUGGUUUGGCUGCCAUCUGGUUCAGAGCGCAGUCCUGUUGGCGGACACAGUGAUUCCUCGCAGCCGUGGAAUGUGAUGCCGAACUUCGAUCCUAGUCCCGGGCCCUACUAUGGCAUAAGGGGCCUGAAGCGUGUGUCCAACUGGCAGGUCGCCUUGGUUCUGAUAGCCUUUGGGGUCGUUGGUGCUUUCUUUGGCUUCACUUCCGUCAAGCACUCGUUCGACCUGCAUCGUCAGGUGCAAGACGAAGUCUCGGCAGACGCCACUACCCACCAUGCCGCUGUUGUGGCAGAAGCACAGAAAUAUGGCAACGAGGAACAGAUGCGCCGAAUGGCAGAUCGUCUGGCCCGCAACCCCUACAAUCAGUCAGCAAAGUAGCAGAAAAUAAAUCCACCGGGUCUUUGUA